AUGUCUGCUUGGGAGAAGACCCUACGGCCUUCUACCCCUAACAGGGCGUUGCGAGCUAGGGCAGCGGGAUUCCACGUAUCAGGCAACUCAGCACCUAUUCCCGAGUACGACGCCCUAAGGGACCGCAACCUCGACGAUUUCUGGGCGUCCCCUGCUACUCGUGCCCACUUCCACAACAUGGGCUUGAUGGCUGACGAUGGUAGCCUCAUAUCAAUGGUCGAGUACCGUCAAAAGCUCUACGUUGUGGAAAGGGAGAUGGACCGAGCGGAACAGCUUAGGGAACGCAUGGCGUACAGGAAGCAGCAGAUGGAAAUUUAUCAAAUGGCCCGAAGAAAAAGUGAAAUUAUGAAGGCAAGAAGAGCUCAGGAAAUACGUGAGCUUAAGAGUGAGAGAAGUCAUAUCUGCUCGGGAGGCGGUCCGGCCAGGCUCGGGAUGACUGAGCUGGUCAACCUCUAG